AUGUCGAACAGAGCUCUCGCAUUCGGCAGCCUGUUGCUUGCUUACAAUGCCAUCGAUACUCUUGCCAUGGACGCUGGCCUAAACAUUGAUCUCGGCGGAGGCUUCAGCGGGGGAGGAGGAGGUAAUGUUGAUGCCGGUGCUGGUGGAGGACUUGGUCUGGGCAUGAAUAUAGGAGGCGAUGGUGGGUUGGGAGUCAAUGUGGGCGGAGAGGGUGCGCAUGUCGGGGUCGGUGGAGCUGAUGCGAAUGUGGAUGCUGGUGGUAACGGAGCUGGCGUUUCGGUUGAAGUGGGUGGUUCGGGCGACAGCUCUGGAAGCGCAUCUGUUAACGCCGAUGGGGGCGCAUCUGGUAAUGUCCAUGGUGGACUGAGUGCUGGAGUCUCGGCGAAUAUUGCUUGGCCUGACUUGCAAGUUGGAGUCAUCCCUGGCGGCGACGACGACGCGCCUGUAUACACGCCGGCAGCUUCCAUCYGGUCCUCAUCUUCAGACCCCAACAAACCUGAACAUACAGGCGAGCACAGGAUCGCUUCGGGUGUCUUUUUCACUGCAUCUGCGACUCACGACGUGCCACCUCCGCAAUACACUAUCCAGGGUGGACCAGCAAAGGUCAUCUGCUUCCCACCUGGGGUUGGCGGUGGCGAUGCAGGCGGGAAAGCUCCAGCACCGGGCAUCACACCAKCCCCUACCGAUAGCCCUGCUGGACUAGGAGCGGAUGGUCUUUGCACAACGCUGGGCACAGUCCUCGACCCGCAAUACGUCUACAUCUCGUUCUCCACCCUCUUUGCCGGCUGCAAAGAUGGAGACAAGAUGAAGACCAUUGGACCAACCUACGCCAACACAAUGUUCUCCUUCCACUCGGAUGCCAUUUCCACGAGGUGUGCAUCGUCAACGGCACCAGAUGCGGCCCCGACCUACGGGCCUCCUGCUGCCAUCAACUGGGAUGAUAUCAACGGUUCUAAGGCAGAUGGCUCGUCAAACUGCUUGAACAUUGCUCCGCCAGCUGACUUCCUCAAGUCCUGUCCUCCCGAGUGGACACAACAGCUGUACUGGAACAUUCAAUUCCAGCCACCGCAGGUGCUCAUGCAGGACAAUUCUGAAAAAGGCAAAUCCGCUGCCACGGAUUGCACAUCCUGUAGCAACGAUGAAGCAGGAGCCACGGGAGCUGUGUACCGUGGAACCAAUGGAUCUGCGAGUGGCAUUGCGGGUGCUCCACCAUACAGUGGCGCGUCGAGUGUUCAGCAUGGCCACGAGAGCUACGCCGGAUGGCGCAUGGUUGCCAUGGGAAUGUUUGUAGGUGUUCUGACUACGGCCGCCCUGCUCUGA